ACCAUCUGCAAACCCAGCUCUCAUACUGGCCUGACGGAUCGGCUAGCACAGUACUUCGCCACACCACUCAAGCAUUGGCUCUGCAUCUACGAAACGCCAAAGUGGUAAAGAGGCACUGAAUCCACAUCCUGAUGCUCAUUACUAGACGGACCCAGGCUCGAAACAGAGUUUAAGGCCAAUUUUUUGAGGAAAGAGAGAUACUGUAAAUGACGGUGCACGACGCUCUCACCAUUCCGGCCGCGGGCUCACAGCCUUCCAUCAAUUGUUUGCAAUGGACAAAUGAUGGGCAAAUUCUUUUCCUCACCAAAACAGCUAUCUAUAUCAUCACUCCUGACGCAGGUAUCAACUUUGACUCUUCGUCGACAAUCAAGGCCUCGAAAAUGAACGAUGAUGCCGCUCCCACCAAGCCACUUUCCUUGUUUAGAACCAUGAUCGAGUACGACCGAAUCAUCGCUUGCCAUUGGCCCGUCGAUUCGCAAGAAUGGAGUGCUGUGGUGCUGGGGUCACUGGACCUGGCCCUCCGGUCUGUUUCCGUUUCACCCAGUAAUAUAACCGCAGAUGCCGGCUGUGUAUUGGCAAUCAUCAAUUCGAACUUGGAACUCUCAUUGUGGGUUCCUUUGAAGAAUCACCUGAACGGUAAAUGGGUGAAGCUUCAAGAUGUUACGCCUUUUUUGAAAUCUCUAGCGGCGACGAGCUCAACGUCCAUGAUGAGGAAAACUCUUCAGGCCCAGGCUACAUGUUCUGCGUGGUCGGCACAAAGCGACUUUGGAGUCAUCCCUUCGCAUUGUGAUGGGUCACUUCUUGCCGUUGGCAACAAAGUGGGUUCGAUAGUCUUGCUGAGGUUUCAGGAGAGCCAAACCGGGGCGCUUGAGCAUGUCAACACAAUCGACUUUACGGAGCAAUGCAUUACUGCCAUUGCGUGGUCGCCGUGGAGAUUAUUGCGUCCCUAUACAUGUAGCGCUCUCAUAGCAUGCAGCAGUUCUGACGGCUCUAUUCUUCUUGCAAGCAUCAUGCAAACUCUUCGCACGGAAAAAACUUCAGAAUCAUUUGCACCUCGAUAUCGCAUUGAGGUACAAACCCAGAUUCUGGCUAAAAGACCCGAAUCCGUCGAUAAGCGAGGCAUCACAGGUGUGACAUGGAUUGCGGUGCUCGUGUAUUGCAAACCAGGAACAGUUCACUUGUGGUCAAACGUAGGGCUAUGGUCUGGCUUGCGAUCAUUCAAGCUUCGGACCCAAAAGACAUCCGCCGGUGCUUCUUCUCUCCAUCCGGUGACUGGAAUAACAUACCACGACCCUCACGAUUUUAUCGUACUGUCCCUUUUUGACGGGUCUUUCCAUGUCAUUUACGAGGUAUCAUCGGAACCGACCUUGGAGACGCCGGUCAGUGGAAUGGGCCCUGAUCUGUCGUCCUGGGCGCUCUCUUCGUCGGCCCGUGCCGUAUUUUUGCAGAGUGAGAAACAAGCGACAGAGGAUGAUAUGGGUCGAAUGAGUGGUAUGAUCUCUUAUGACGAAGCAUCAACAGUCGCUUGGGUCCAUGAAUCCUGUUGCCCCUCGGAUUUCAGCUACAAGCAUGAGGCCAAACAUGACAGCGUGUUCGUGGUGGCAGAAAUGUGGACACCACCUGGAGACGAUAUGUUCAUGGAGAUGCUCUUGAACAUCACCCGUAACUCGAGUGCCGCUGCCGGUCAUGCACCAAUUCAUAUCCUCCGUCCUAUUUUUCUCCAUCUACAAAAAACGGGCAAAAUAUCUCAGCUACAGCUGCGCCUAUUGGAGACUUUACGAGACCUCCCCGUUGAUGAAUCCACUUCGAUCGCGAUCCCACCGUUCACCAGGGAGUUCACCGCCGAUGUCCGCACGGACUUUGGUCGGAGCCUCACACAGCAUCUCUUCGGGUUCAACACUCUGCUCUCUUUGCGUCUACUUCUGGCAAUCGCAGAUUUCUGUUGGAAAUACGCUCCCAAUCCUGAAGCACAGGGGAAAUUUGGUUUGGUCGCUCAGUCCAUACUGGAGUCGAUAUCCCAUCGUGUCUUGCGCGCGUUAAUCAGGCAUCUUGCAGCGAUCACAACCUUGCUUACCAAGCAGGACACAUCUUUCCUGUUGCGGGUUGUGCUUCAAUCGCUUCUCCCAGGUACCCCCGAGGACCUUUCAACCGAAGCACACCAGCUAUCAAACACCGUCAAUGCGCUGCUGCCGCCCGGCAAUGAUCAAGAAGGAUCGUCUGGGCUGGAGGAAACAUGCCCUGCUUGCGGCAUAGAGGUUGCUCUGGACAACAUCGCGAGCGCUCGGUGUGCCAACGGACAUAUGUGGGCACGCUGCUCCAUAACGUCGUUCAUCCUCGCGACACCCAUGGUGCGCACAUGCGUCGGGUGCACCCGCAAGGCGUUCCUCCCGCCCGGACAUCCGUCCGUGGCGGAGCGCCCCGCAUGGCUCCCGCCCGCGGCGCAGAGCUGGGUCGUCGAGGCGCUUCUCGGCGCCGUCCGCCGCUGUCUCUUCUGCGGCAACAGCUUUGUCAGCCUAAUAUAA